AAGUCUAUAAAUAUAAUACAGUAUAAUUGCAACACGGCAUCACCACUCGUUUUUCCGAAAUAAAAUACUUAAAAAAAGAAGUAAGACAACAUGAGCGAAACAACUGUAGAUCGCAAAUUAUUGGAUAUUUUUGAGGAAGCAUUUGAUUUGUACUACAGCUUUGAAACAUGCACUGAACCAACCAAUAGUCCCGAAUUUCAGAGCAAAAUAAAGAAAUGCAUCCGGCUCUUCGAAGACUGCACACGCUUAGUUUCUAUCUGCGGACUUUUCAGUACGAACGAAAACUAUACAGAGCUACCAACCAGUGAUUUGAAAUACUUGCUUUUGCCGUUUUUCCUCGGAACGCUAUCGCAAAAGAUUUGCGGUGACUCUCGCGCAGAUGUUGUCGAAGUUGCUGAGAUAUACUUCAAAGAUUUUCUGAAACGUUGUUCCGACUAUGGUAUCUACGAGCCGGUUCCAAGAACAACAGGCAACAAUGAAGUUGCCAGUGCAAAUGCCAAUAACGAACAGAUCAAUGUGUUGACUCAGCAAGUGUUACAUCGUAAUCAAAAACUAGAAAAAUACCGCCAGAAGAAAGAAUUGGAGGAUCAAAUUAAACACUUGAAAGUAGUGAUGAAAAGAGAAGAGGUUGACGACGAUACAAAACGAGACUUUUACGUCAAACUACUGAAAAUGAGUGUUAUUGAAACUCAAGAGGAAUUAUCGAGUAUUGAUAUGGAGAAAAAAAUGUUGGAAUUUCAACAACAAGAUCAUCAACAACUGGAAUCACACAGUCGCAGACUGUGCAAAGCACCGCCAGUGCGGCCACUCAAACCCAUCAUCAUCACAAGAGAUUUUGCACAAAAAGCUGUGUAUGGCUUGGGUUAUCCUUCAUUGCCAACCAUGACCGUGUCCGAGUUCUACGAUCAACGUGUUCGUGAAGGCAUUUUUCCCGAUCCAAACAAUGCACCACCGCGUAAUGCAGAUAACAGUUUGCAAAGUCGAUUCAUGCAAGAACAAAGUAACGACAUCGAAGAACAAGAGGAUAUUGAUCGAGAGAAAAAGCUGGACGUAGAUGAUGACUAUGAGCUAGCCCGGUUACGUGCAAGGGAUGAAUAUAAAGACGAACAUCGCCGCGGUGAAGGAAACCGUUACAACCGGAGUUAAACAGAAACAUUAUCCAAUUUUAUUUUAUUUUUUUCGUUUGAAUAAAUCAAAAGCGUAAAUCAUUUGUAAACAAAACCAAUACAUAAAAAUACUAAGCUAAUGUUGUCCUUUGUGCGCCCAAAAGUACUCGGCUGGAUUCUUCUUGGUUCAAAAAUCUGGCGUAUCUGUAAUAAAAAUUUAAAAUUUAAUAUCAUAUCUACAUACUA